GGAGGCUCGGGAGGAAGGUUCCUGGCCGCCGCUCCGCUGCCGACUGCGGCGUCUCCAGGCGGCGGAGGGGCUUCCCGAGAGGCCCGCGCGCCAUGGACAGAGCGGCGGCGGGCGCCGCGGGCUGCGAGGGCGCCGGAGGCCCCGGCUCGGGAGCGGCCGGCGGCCGGAGGCCCCCUUGGACGGCGGGGGGCGCCCCCGCCGGCUCGCGGCAGCCCAGCGUGGAGACCCUGGACAGUCCUACAGGAUCACAUGUUGAAUGGUGUAAACAGCUUAUAGCGGCUACAAUUUCUAGUCAAAUUUCAGGUUCAGUGACGUCAGAAAAUGUAUCUAGAGAUUACAAGGUUUUCAGGAGGCCUGACAUAAGGAAUAUUCAUAAAGCAAGACAAAGAUUGGCUCUGAGGGAUGGAAAUAAACUGGCCCAGAUGGAGGAAGCACCACUGUUUCCAGGAGAAUCAAUUAAGGCCAUUGUGAAAGAUGUCAUGUAUAUCUGCCCAUUUAUGGGAGCAGUGAGUGGAACCCUAACGGUGACGGACUUUAAGAUGUACUUCAAAAAUGUAGAGAGGGACCCACAUUUCAUCCUUGAUGUUCCCCUGGGAGUGAUCAGCCGGGUUGAGAAGAUUGGCGCGCAGAGUCAUGGAGACAGCUCUUGCGGCAUAGAGAUUGUGUGCAAGGACAUGAGGAACUUGCGACUGGCUUAUAAACAGGAAGAACAGCGUAAACUAGGGAUAUUUGAAAACCUUAACAAACAUGCUUUUCCUCUUUCCAAUGGGCAGACACUGUUUGCAUUCAACUAUAAAGAAAAAUUUCCGACUAAUGGCUGGAAAGUUUAUGAUCCAGUGUCUGAAUAUAAGAGACAGGGCUUACCCAAUGAGAGCUGGAGAAUAUCCAAAAUCAACAGUAAUUAUGAGUUCUGUGAUACCUACCCGGCUGUCAUUGUUGUGCCAAGUAGUGUGAAAGAUGAUGACCUUUCAAAAGUGGCAGCUUUUCGAGCAAAAGGCCGAGUUCCUGUGUUGUCGUGGAUUCAUCCAGAAAGUCAGGCAACAAUUACCCGUUGCGGCCAGCCACUUGUGGGUCCCAAUGAUAAACGCUGCAAAGAAGAUGAAAAAUACUUGCAAACAAUAAUGGAUGCCAAUGCACAGUCACACAAGCUGGUCAUCUUUGAUGCCCGACAAAACAGUGUUGCGGAUACUAACAAGGCAAAGGGUGGAGGCUAUGAGAGUGAAAGUGCUUACCCAAAUGCAGAACUUACAUUCUUGGAGAUCCACAACAUUCAUGUAAUGAGAGAAUCACUACGUAAAUUAAAAGAGAUUGUAUACCCUUCCAUCGAUGAGGCCCGGUGGCUAUCCAAUGUUCAUGGGACGCACUGGCUGGAAUACAUAAGGAUGCUUCUUGCUGGGGCUGUGAGAAUUGCUGAUAAAAUAGAAUCUGGCAAGACCUCCGUGGUGGUGCACUGCAGUGAUGGUUGGGACCGAACAGCCCAGCUCACGUCUCUGUCUAUGCUGAUGUUGGACAGUUACUACCGAACCAUUAAAGGCUUUGAAGCUCUGAUAGAAAAGGAGUGGAUAAGCUUUGGACAUCGGUUUGCGCUGAGAGUAGGCCAUGGUGAUGACAACCAUGCAGAUGCUGACCGAUCACCAAUAUUUCUUCAGUUUAUUGAUUGUGUGUGGCAGAUGACAAGACAGUUUCCUUCAGCAUUUGAGUUUAAUGAACUAUUCUUGAUUACAAUUUUGGAUCACCUUUAUAGCUGUCUCUUUGGGACCUUUCUGUGCAACUGCGAACAGCAGCGAUUCCAAGAGGAUAUACAUACAAAGACUGUUUCUCUGUGGUCUUAUAUCAAUAGCCAGCUAGAUGAAUUUUCUAACCCCUUCUUCGUGAAUUAUGAAAACCAUGUGUUAUAUCCUGUUGCUAGCCUGAGUCACUUGGAAUUAUGGGUCAACUAUUAUGUACGAUGGAAUCCACGGAUGAGACCACAGACGCCCAUCCACCAGACCCUCAAGGAGCUGCUGGCUGUUAGGGCAGAGCUGCAGAAGCGCGUGGAGGACCUGCAGCGGGAGGUGGCCACGCGUGCCAUCUCGUCCUCGUCGGAGCGGGGCUCCUCACCGUCCCACACGGCCACCCCGAUGCACACCUCAGUGUGACAGGCAAGCAAGGCCCAGCGGAGGGCUGCCGGUGCCUGGUAGUUUUAAGCCUACGCCCAGGGGGGCCAUGCGUGUGGCUAGAUGCCAGCUUCCGUAGGCAGCGUUUGUUGUAUGUACAGCCUGUUACC